AGAUGUCCGUGAUUGUUUGUAUAGAACGGCGCAAGUGAAAUGGGCAAAUCGAAAAGAGCAGUUGUGUUUGGUUUGUGAGGCUGCCAAGAGCGGAAAGCGAGCGCGGACGAUGAAUAAAAUAUUUGGAGUAUUGUGCUCCCUCUGCCUUCUGCUGCUGAUUUGUUUGGCGUCUGCAAAUGGACAAUCCCUGGAAAAUGUCACCGAGGUGACCCCAACAUCGACUACAACAACGGAUGCCCCGUUGCCCAAACUCCUGGUGGCCAUUCAUUACGAGGCCCUGUGUCCCGAUAGCAUGUACUUCAUCCGUCGCCGACUUUACGAUGCCCUCGUGGACAACAACUGGUGGCCCGUCACCGAUCUGAAGCUAUAUCCCUUCGGCAAGGCUGGGUUCUACAACAAUACCUCCACUGGUCAAAUGGAGGUUUUCUGUCAGCACGGCGAGGAUGAGUGCGAGCUGAAUGCCCUGCAUGCCUGCAUUAUUGAAACUUUGGAUACAAGGACUGCCUUCAACCUGAUUUUCUGUAUGCUCCGAUCCUACUCCAAUCAACUGGACCACUGUUCCAGGAGCAUGGGUUUGAAUGUGAGCAAAGCCAAGGAUUGCAAGGCAUCGCGUAAAACCCCAGAGAUCCUGGCGCCUUAUGGCAAGGAAACCCUUAAGCUGGGCCUCUCCUUUGUGCCCAGCAUUGUGUUCGAGAAUGACUUUGAUCCCUAUGGACAGAGCAGCAUUCGCUACAACUUUGAUAGGCAUUUCUGUAAGCAGUAUUUGAAGAAGUUUAACGUCACACUGCCCACUUGUGCUGCAAUUUUAUAAUUUAAAAAGAAAACGCAAUAUGAUUAAUAACCCCUUUAAUGUGCCACGACCAAUAAAUAAUAAUUACACUCAA